AUGAAGUCCUCUACCUCUGAAGAUACCGCUAAUGUACUUAGAACACACAGUGCAAUAUUCGGAGUUCCUGAGAUUGUAGUGUCCGAUAAUCGCCCUCAGCUAGUGUCAGAAGAGUUUGAGUACUUUUUGAAGAGAAAUGGUAUACGACAUAUCACUAGCGCACCCUACCAUCCAUCUACUAAUGGACUCACGGAGAGGUUCGUGCAGACAUUUAAGAAGGGCAUCUCUGGAUUCAAAGAGAAAGUUCCACUACAAACAAAGGUUGACAUCGUGUUACUAGCUUAUCGCAAUGCUCCUCAUGGAACCACAGGGCAGCCUCCUGUUGUAUUGCUUAUGGGUCGAAGGUUAAGGUCAAGGUAA